CCGUCAAUUUCAGGUCGCUGUGGAUGGCGCUCCAGGCCUUGUUGGAGCUGAAGCCCUCUAACCAAAGCCACCAGGGCCCUCUCAACGUCACCUCCUGCGAGGGAGCUCCAGAAGCCUGGGAUCUGCUGUACAGAGUGCUGCCAGGGUUUGUCAUCACCAUUUGUUUCUUUGGCCUCCUGGGGAACCUUUUAGUCUUGUCCUUCUUUCUUCUGCCUUGGCGGCGACGGCGACAGCGCUUAACCAUAGCAGAAAUCUACCUGGCCAACUUGGCAGCUUCUGAUCUGGUGUUCGUCCUGGGCCUGCCCUUCUGGGCGGAGAACAUUGGAAACCAUUUCAACUGGCCCUUUGGCACUGACCUCUGCCGGGUGGUCAGUGGGGUCAUCAAGGCCAACCUAUUCAUCAGCAUCUUCCUGGUGGUGGCCAUCAGUCAGGACCGCUACAGGUUGCUGGUAUAUCCCAUGACCAGCUGGGGGUACCGGCGGCGACGGCAAGCUCAGGCCACCUGCCUGCUCAUCUGGCUGGCGGGGGCCCUAUUGAGCAUUCCCACGUUCCUUCUGCGCUCUGUCAAAGUCAUCCCCGACCUGAACAUCUCUGCCUGCAUCCUGCGCUUUCCCCACGAGGCUUGGCACUUUGCCAGGAUGGUGGAGUUGAACAUUCUGGGUUUCCUCCUCCCACUGGCUGCCAUCAUCUUCUUCAACUAUCAUAUCCUUGCUUCCCUGAGAGGGCAGAAGGAGGCCAGCAGGACCAGGUGUGGGGGUCCCAAGGGCAGCAAGACCACCGGGCUGAUCCUCACACUGGUGGCGUCCUUCCUGGUCUGCUGGGCCCCUUACCACUUCUUCGCCUUCCUGGAUUUUCUGGUCCAGGUGAGAGUGAUCGAGGACUGCACCUGGAAGGAGCUCACGGACCUGGGCCUGCAGCUGGCCAGCUUCUUUGCUUUCAUCAACAGCUGCCUGAACCCACUGAUUUACGUCUUUGUGGGCCGGCUUUUAAAGACCAGGGUCUGGGAACUUUCUAAAUGAUGCAGCAGCCCUAGACGUCUCAUUCCCGCAUCCCCCAAG